CACCGUUAAAUAGCGAUGAAGAAAUGCUACACAUUUAUUACAACAACCAUCCUUAAUCAUCACUACCAUCCUCCUAAUAUUACUAUCCAUUACAACACCAACAAGAAGAAAGCUUUCUUGUUCUUCAACUACUUUCUCACCCACCACUUUAACUUCACUUCCUAUCGUCAAUUUUCUUCUUCAAGUUGUGGAAAUUUCAUGGAAGUUGUAAAAGCUGUUGCAAGUCAUGGGUCUGCAUCUCAUGGAGGUGUUGCUCUCAAAGCUGAUGACAAAAGUUAUGGCUACAAUCAUUUAGUCUCUUCUGCUUGGAGAAUAUCUCUUCUGUUAUCCGGUCAUGAUCAAAAAAUUGUUGAUGGGACCACAGAGAAUAAAAGUCUCAACGGUGCUAGAAUAGGUGUCGUGGCUAAACCUUCUGCUGAGUUUGUGGCUGGAGUGCUUGCAGUAUGGUUAAGUGGUGGUGUAGCUGUACCUCUUGCACUCAGUUAUCCCGAAGCUGAGCUUUUACAUGUCAUGACUGACUCGGAUGUAUCGAUGAUUUUGAGUACUGAGGAUCACAGUGAGCUUAUGCAAAAAGUUGCAGCAAAAACUGCAGCUAAGUUUUCUUUAAUACCUGAUGUUCCAAGUAGUGAACCCAAUGAUGGUGUAAAUUUGAAAGAAAAGCAGUUCUCAAUUAAAGUUGAAGAUGAUGACCCAGCAUUGAUUUUGUAUACUAGCGGUACAACUGGAAAACCUAAAGGAGUUGUUCAUACUCACAGUAGCAUAUUAGCACAGGUGAAAACGUUAUCAAUGGCUUGGGAGUACACAUCAAAUGACUGCUUUCUACAUUGCCUGCCAUUACACCAUGUUCAUGGGCUCUUUAAUGCGUUGUUUGCUCCUCUCUAUGCAGGCUCCAUGGUCGAAUUCAUGCCUAAGUUCAGUGUGAGGGGUAUCUGGCAAAGAUGGCGUGAAUCGUAUCCAAAAGAUGGAACUAAGAUUGAUGAUGCAAUAACUGUAUUUACAGGGGUUCCAACCAUGUAUACCAGGUUGAUACAAGGCUACGAGGCUAUGGACCCAGAGCUACAAGUUGCUUCCGCUUCAGCUGGAAGCCAACUACGUCUAAUGAUGUGUGGGUCCUCAGCUCUACCUUUGCCUGUAAUGCAACAAUGGGAGACCAUUACAGGACAUCGACUAUUGGAAAGAUACGGCAUGACCGAGUUUGUCAUGGCAAUUUCAAACCCAUUAAAAGGAAUACGAAAAGGAGGCACUGUUGGAAAACCCUUUCCAGGCGUGCAGGUCAAGAUUCUUCCAUUUGAAGAUGGUAAUGAUGGAGUUGGUGAGCUUUGUGUUAAAAGCCCUUCAUCAUUUAAAGAAUACUGGAAACGCCCUGAGGUGACCAAGGAAUCUUUUAUAGAUGGCGGCUAUUUCAAAACUGGUGAUGCCGCUAAAGUGGAUGAAGAUGGAUAUUAUGUAAUUUUGGGACGUACAAAUGCUGAUAUCAUGAAGGUUGGUGGAUACAAGUUGUCAGCAUUAGAAAUUGAGGCAAUUCUGCUCGAACAUCCUGCCAUUUCAGAAUGUUGUGUGUUGGGAUUGCCAGAUAAAACUUAUGGAGAAGCAGUAACUGCUAUAAUUGUUCCAGAUAUUGAAAUAAAGAAGGUUCGUGAGAAAGAUUCGAAGCCUGCUAUUACACUGGAUGAACUCUCUGCAUGGGCAAAACAAAAACUUGCGCCAUACAAGCUACCAACCCGAUUAUUCUUAUGGGACUCGUUGCCUCGUAAUGCCAUGGGAAAGGUGAACAAAAAGGAGCUGAAGACAAAGUUAGCUGCUGAAGAACAGUAAACCAAUUUUAUCAUCGUCUAAAGGUGCAACAUAAUGAUGUUUGUAAUCUAUGUUACCAGCAAACAUCGUGCGUUCGUCUUAUCCCCAUGGUAUCAAGCAUUCAACUUCUCGGCUGUUAGUAUUAUCAGUCUUCAUGCUAUAAACAUCACAUUAUUAAUUUUAUUUAUAUUUUUUUGAACAGCACAUCAUAAACAUUAUUAUUAUCAUUAAGUUCUAAGAGAUGAUUUUAAAUUAAUGUGUUACUGUUAAAUACUCCUUACUAUGUAUGUGUACAUAGUAAUCAUUAUUUCAUAUAUUUAACUAAUUUUGUUUGCUGUA